AUAACAUAUUCUGAACCAAGUCAUCAUCGAUGUCGAAAUAUAAUCAAAACAUUCCUUCAUGACAUCAAACCUGCCACGGAUUCUGAAGAAAUAAUGUUUAAAAUUCUUCGAAACCUGGCAGAAAAUAAUACAUCAUCUUUUAGUGAUGACUACAAUGAAGAUACCUUUAUUCACGAUAUUAUCGAACCUGUUGUUAAGCCGUUCUUUGCUAAUAACAGGAGAACAGCUAUGAAGUGGUCCAACACAACUUCAAUAUCUUCAGCUCAAAUGAAAAAAAAGUUCGACCCAACUUUAAUGGGAGUCAGACCUGACUUUAUUGUUCAUACUAUAAAUUAUAACAAUUACAUUGAACUACUAAUUGGAGAAUUCAAACCACCUGGUACAAAAGUAUCUUUAGUGAAUGAAGAUUUCAUAUGUCUUGGUAAGACAAUGAAAUAUUGUCUGGACAAAGGAAUUGAGGAUGGAAUGGAGGAUCUUGUUAUCAGUGGACUUCAAGUUAUUGGGUUUUUAGGAUGUAUUUAUAUUAUGGAUCUUUGUUUUGAUGGAGUUUAUAGAAUGAUAUUACUUGGUGAAAUUCUAUUUCCUGAAGGUAUUGCUACAUGGGGAACUUUAAUUAGAUGUUUUCAGGUGCUAAGUACAUUAAAGGCAAGCAAACAAAUUCAACAUGAAGAAAUAAUAGCAAUUAUCUUGAUUAUCUUAACAUUCUAUUUUGAAAAUGAGCAUGAAUUGUCACAGCUACAACAAUUUCAUGUUAACAUAGAAUAUGAGAAUGAGGAAACAGAUUAUGGUGGUAUUGAUAAGGAAGCAUUAACAGAAGAACCACCUCUAACAGGGUUUGGUUUAAGCUAUGGAAGGGUUCAUGAAGUUCUAAAUAGUGACCAAAUCGAAAUUAUUUCUAAGCCUUAUGAUAAUCUAAAAAAUUGUGUAUCAAAAAUUUCAUGUCCUAUCACUGAACAAUUACUAAAUAUUAUUGAUAAUAUGACAAUAGAUCAAAUCCUUGAGAUUGGAAAUAAUUGGGCUGUAAAUGGAAUACAUUCAACUUUAGAAAAGAUUUCAACUUUAGAUCUUAAAAAAAGAAAUGAUUCAUUAAUGGAUUUAUUAAGGAAACAAAAACCACAUUCUGGCAAUGAUAAUGAUAUCUUGUUGGAUGCCAAAAAACUGGCUGUAUCACAUGCAGAUGAUCCAGUCAUAAAAUGGAUUUUCCAAGUUAUUGAUGAAUAUGUUAAAAAUGUACAAUUGGGAAUACCACCAGUAUCAUCUGCAUCUGGGGCUCGUAAACAAAGAUUUGGGGUUAACAAUGUUGGUCAACACUCAGACUUUAUCUUUGCUGCACAUGAACUUCGUGAUGCAUCAGUUGAGCAUGGAAGAGAGUUUGGAAUAGCAGAAAACUCAGGACCAGAAGUACAAUCUCACCAUUUGAGAUCAAGGAUGGCCUUCAUGAAAGUAAUGAAAGUGAGUCGAGACCAGCAUUCAGCAUGUGCACAGGCAUUGCUUGAAGCAACAGGUGGAACUUUAGAUGCAAAUUUGAACAAAGCACUAAAAGAAAUACCAAUUGUGGGAGAUGGAAUAUGGGCUGCAGAUGAAGUAUCAAGCUUCACCAUCCCAGAUUAUUCUAAAAUUAGCCCCUAUAACAUUGGAGAUGCAUGUCAUAACUUUAUAUUCAUAAAGGCAAAAAAAAUAAAAUCACUUCUUUCAAACUUACAAAAAGCUAAUGAAGCCUGUCAUUCAAAAGCUUCUAAACUUGAUUUUUCUUUACAAGAAACUCAAGAAAUUCCAGUCAAUACUGAUUUGCCUCUUUCUUCACUUGAAUUAUCUGAUGAAAUAAUUAACUUGGAUACUCCUCUUAAAAAAACAAAAUUCAUAAAAUUUACAGCAUUUUCAUGA